CGUUCUCCUGCCCGACAUGACGGCACUCAAGUACACGGACUCUCACAAAUGGAUAAAAGGAAACUGCUCGUUCCCUAUUGCCGACAUACAGGAAGUAAGAACCGGAUGGAACACCGCCAUCUUUGACUCCGUCGCAAAAUCCAGCAGCAACGCACUCGACGAGCGUCAGUGCUUCUCAUUGGUCAUGGGCAACAAUUACGUGACGCUCGAUCUGGCAGCUGAUUCGCCAGAGACGCGCGACCGGUGGGUGGCGGCGCUGCAAACGCUCGUGAAACGUCACACGUCGGCUAGCCUGAAGAAGCAACAUUAUCUCUACCUGAAGGAACAUUUCAUAAAAGCUGAUUCGGAUAAAAAUAAAAGAUUAGGUUUCGACGAGAUUCAAUCGCUAUUGAAGCAAAUGAACAUCAGUAUAGAUAAGAAAAAUGCAAAGAGGAUGUUUGAGAGGGCCGACAAAAACCGAAAUGGAAACCUGGACGUGGUUGAGUUUGUUGACUUCUACGAGCGGCUGUUAGUAAGACCCGACAUCGACCAAAUCAUUACCAGCUUCACUGCUGCCGAUGACGCGAAUUUCCUUGAUGCAGUAGAUCUGCAACGAUUCCUCCAGCAAUCACAGAAGGUCGAGUUCUCGUUGGACGACUGUAGGAUGUUGAUAAACAACCACGAGGUCCAGCCGACGUUCAAGAAGGAAGGCUUUCUCAGCAGUGACGGGCUGAGUCGCUACUGCUGAAGGAAUAUCCGGUGGAUCAGCAAACACAUGCGGCGAAAUCUACCAAAGAACAUGAGCCAGCCACUCCAGCGAAUACUAUAUAGCACUUUCCCACCAACACGUCAAGUUUUUAACGUUUCAUCGUCACGUCAGCUGUUCUUAAGCGCUUAUUUUAUUGCGCCGUGGCAUUUUUAUUCUAAAAUGUCAGAGGCGGAUUCAAGACGGUAUUUGCCGUAUGUGGGAAAGUACGUCUAGAUUUCCAAGUGCCCUUUCGAAAUUUUGCGCUAAAAAUACAAGAAAGCAAUUUGAUGGAGUUUG